CAUCACGUCCUCGUUGGCGCGUAAACCCACAUUUGUGCUCUCCUCACCGACAGCGAUCCUUGCUUUUCUUUCACACUCCCUCCUCCUUCCGUCCACAUCCACCGUCACCUGCAUCUCUGAAUCUCCCCCUUCAAAUUCGCCGCUAACAUCUCCUUCUCUCUCUUCUCUCUCUUUCUCUCUCUGGCCAUGGAUUUCGCAUAUCGAAGCAGAUCUUAUCCCAUUCUUCUUCUCAUUCUCACAUACUCAUUCUUCUUCCUAUCUUCAACAAUAAAUCUCACCAAUGCCUCUAUCCACAUCUACGACAAAGAAUCCUUGAACGAAGUUGGAAAUGCUUACCUUCUUUCCGGUGGCAGCGAAGGCAUUUUUGCCUCUGAUUCUUCCACCCCAAAUGGCCGUUCUUAUAUCAGGUUUAGGGAUAUCACUUUUUGGAGGACCAAGGAUGCUGCUGAUGAGCAUUCAGAAAUGGAACACAGUACAGGAUUGGUACAGGUUGUGAUUUUUGAGGCAGCUGAUCGGAAUAAUAUUGGUGGUUCUGCUUAUGGUGGACAAAGAUCUAUUUGUUGUACCCCUGAUCUUGCUAAGCUGGAAGGUUGCAAGCAAGGUGAAGUCAUUAGGAUACCUUCAGCUACAGACAUUAAGUGGCCUAUUGUUUUGAAUGUACAAUUCAGUGGUAACUACUUAUCUACAAACAUUCGAGAUGAGUAUGUUAACAUCACAAAAACUGGAAUGUAUAACUUGUUCUUUAUCACUUGUGAUCCGAAACUCAAGGGUCUAAUAAUGAGUGGAAAGACAGUUUGGAAGAAUCCUGAUGGUUAUUUGCCUGGUAGGAUGGCCCCUUUAAUGAAGUUUUAUGUGCUCAUGUCUCUUGCAUAUCUUCUACUUAGUGUUAUUUGGUUCACCCAAUACAUGAGGUUUUGGAAGGACAUAUUGCAACUUCAGCAUUGCAUCACAGCUGUUAUUGCCCUAGGAUUAUUCGAGAUGAUUCUUUGGUAUUCUGAGUAUGCAAAUUUUAACAGCACAGGAACAAGGCCAGUUGCAAUUACAACUUGGGUUGUGACAGUUGGAGCUAUAAGGAAAACAUUAGCUCGUCUUCUUAUGCUCUCAAUUUCAAUGGGUUAUGGUGUUGUGCGGCCCACCCUCGGUGGUCUUACCACAAAGGUGCUUCUUCUUGGAUUUACAUAUUUUUUGGCAUCUGAGUUGCUAGAUAUUACUGAAUAUGUGGGGAAUAUUAAUGACGUAUCAGGAAGAGCAAGAUUGUUUCUAGUCCUUCCUGAUGCAUUCCUGGAUGCAUUUUUGAUACUGUGGAUAUUUACGUCUCUUUCAAGGACAUUGGAGCAGCUACAGGCAAAAAGAAGUUCUGUUAAGUUGGAUAUCUAUAGGAAGUUCUCAAAUGCGCUAGCUGUGGCAGUGAUAGCUUCUGUUGCUUGGAUAGCUUAUGAGGUUUACUUCAAAGCAACCGAUCCAUUUAAUGAGCGCUGGUUAAGCGCAUGGAUCAUUACUGCUUUCUGGGACAUUGUUGCAUUCGCCUUGCUUUGUGUUAUUUGCUAUCUCUGGGCUCCAUCUCAAAGCUCGCAACGGUAUGCCUACUCAGAAGAAGUGGGAGAGGAAUCUGAUGAUGAAGAAGCUCAUUCUUUAACAAGGGGAAAGACAGAUGGUGAUAUCAGUUUAGUUGAAAAGAAAGAGAAAAAUGCUGGGACCACAGAUGUUUAUGAUGAAACUGAAGAGGAUAAAAGAGAAUGAUUAUUUGUAAACAAAUUCUUUCAGCUGCAACCUCAUUCAGCAGUGCUGAACAAAUCGUGUCGAUUGAGCUCGAAGAGGUGAUUAGCUAUUAUUUCAGAGAUACUUCCACUAGACCUGCAGAGUAUUAAAAUUUUGACAUAAUGUGAUUAUGCUAAUUGUCCAGAGUGAAAAAAACUGCCAGGUUUCUUGUAUUUGUAUAUCAAUGAACAAAAGGUGGGUUGGAAAUGGAUACUUUGUUAGAGUACAUGAAAACAUUUUGAAUUUUAAUGCCCUAAUUGGGGCUUAGAUCAUAGUGAUUUGUAAUGAUUUUUAUCUAUUAUUUGUUCUUUUAA